AUGAUAGGAACCAGCUUCGGAGAGCUAAUCAUAAUCCGCACGGCCAUCACCAUCCUCCGCAGUAUCACCCCUCUCAGCAUCAUCUACACCUUCUCCAUCCCUUUCCUCCCAUCUACAUUCCUGACCCCGACCACAAAACUCAUAAGUCUAUACCCUAUCGCCGAAACCGCAUUUUACUUUCUAAUCUACCUACCCCGGAAAUACACCCUCCAAGCAGCAGCAGAACACCCACCGCUCCCACCGUCUUCGGAGCGAAGAUCGCUGUUUUUGAGGAUUAUAUCGACGAUACCGGAUCAUCAGGCGUAUCUGCAACGAUGGUUUUUGGGGGCUGAGCUGGAGGAUAUUAGACGGGAUAAUUUGAAGGAGUUUUUGAGGUGGAGUUUGUUUAAUGCUUCUGGGAGUUGGAGUGAAGAACCUGAUGGGGAUGAACAGGAAGGUGAGGUUGAGGAGUAUGUACAGAUGCUGGAGCAGAAGAUGGGGAGGAAGUUUGAGGAUGGUAGGGGGAAGGCUGAGUGUUAUAGACUUACUAUUGAUCAAGUGAGGAUGAAGCAUCGGCCGUUGACGUGGUAUAUCAUACUCACGGCAAUCGACACUUUAACCUCCAUCCGCCUCGCACUCUCAGGUUACACAUACCACAGCCGUCCCCUCUCCACCUUCCUCACAACCUUCCCCUUCCGCUUCUCCACCCUCUUCACAUUCAACAAAACCCCCUCUCCAACAUUACCAUACUGGUACCGUCCACAUACCUCCAAAACCACCCUUCCAAUCCUCUACAUCCACGGAAUAGGAAUAGGAAUCCACCCAUACGUCCCAACCUUAAAAACCCUCGCCUCAACCCUCCCCACAACGGGGAUCAUAGUCCUAGAAAUCGACCCAAUCUCCGGUCGAAUCUGUCCGUCCAUGCAGAAGAAAUCUGAAAUGUUAACAUCAAUAAACAAAAUCCUCAAACACCAUAACUUUGAAAAAUUCGUUUUAGUAUCAAACUCCUACGGAACGGUAGUAUCAACUCACAUCCUCCACGACAACCAGUUAUCGACUAAAAUAGAUUCGAUGGUGUUAAUCGACCCUGUAACGAUAUUAUUACAUCUACCGGAUGUGGCGUAUAAUUUCUUGAGGAGGAAACCAAAAAGGGCGAAUGAACAUAUGUUACAUUAUUUUGCUAGUACGGAUCAAAUGGUCGCUCAUACGCUUUGUAGAAGGUUCUUUUGGGCGGAGAAUAUUCUUUGGAAGGAUGAUUUGAAAGGUAGGAAUGUGGUGGUUUGGUUGGGUGAGAGGGAUUUGAUCGUGGAUACUGCGGGGGUGAAGGAGUAUUUGACCGGUGCUGGGAAUGGUCGGUUUGAUGAUGAUGAAGGUGCGGAUGAGAGGAGGGUGGAGUUUGUAAAUGGUGAUUGGGAAACUAGAGAUGAGGAAGGAGGGAGGUUGAAGGUUGUGUGGGGGGAUGGAUUGGAUCAUGCUCAGGUCUUUGAUGAGAAGAGGUGGUAUACCCGCUUAGUAGGGGAUAUUGCUGAGGCUGCCGUCGCUGGCGGGCAAGGGCGGGUAUGA